GUACGGAAAAUGCUGCUCUUCAAGUGCCCUCCUUCGGCAAUCCUGGCGACCAAUUUGACCCAUCGUUGGACUGAAGGGCGUUGGAUUCAAGUCAUAAAUACAGCCUGCAAGGCUGAGGCGGGCAUCCAGGAGACAUCCUCGGCCCGAUACGCAUUCAUCUCAACACCUCUAGAAGUAUUUGUUCCUCGAGUGGACCGUCACCAUGGCGCCCCCCUCAAACACGGUGUCACCGCUGAUGCCGCGGUCACCGUCUAAUCUCAACGCCUACAUGUCACCCUCCAGAGCCAAGUCAUUAGCAAUGAGAAAGUCGAUAUCAAAACCACAAACCGCCACCAUUCAAUCUCGCCCUAAACCGUCCGCUGACUUCGACAUGGCUGAGCAGAUGAAUGAGGAGAUCAGCAACAAGUAUGUGAAAGGCAAGAAGCUGGGUGAAGGUACCUAUGCUAUCGUCUACAAGGGACAUUUGAGAUCCGAUCCUACCACGCUGGUGGCGAUCAAGAAGUUCAAGGUCGACCCUUCACAACAGCGAGAAGGUCUCAACGUCGACACCAUUCGAGAGAUCAAGUACCUUCAAGAAGUCUCCCACCCUAGCAUUGUCGCUCUGCUCGAUGUGUUCUCUUCCAAAGACCAAAACAUCAACAUGGUCAUUGAAUACUUUCCAAACGGCAACCUGGAGGAGCUCAUUCGUGACAAGACGGUGAGUUACGGUGCUGCAGAUGUGAAAGCGUGGAUGGGCAUGCUUUGCCGGGCAAUCUACUACUGCCAUUCGAACUUCAUUCUGCACCGAGAUAUCAAGCCGAACAACUUGCUCAUCGCAGCUGAUGGAGAAGUCAAACUGGCAGAUUUCGGUCUUGCACGGUCAUUUGGAGACCCAAGAUAUCAAAUGACGUCUGCAGUGAUAACAUUGUGGUAUCGACCUCCGGAGCUCCUGUUUGGGGCAAGGCAGUACAGCGGUGCUGUCGACAUGUGGAGCAUCGGGAUGGUAUUCGCGGAAUUGCUCAUUCGUCGUCCAUAUGCAGCUGCCGAUGUGGCCAACCAAGAAGUUCUGGCAACGGGUGGCGGCACAGUCGCACAAUUGGACAAAAUCUGCGAAGCAGUAGGCACGCCGUCGGAAGACAAUUGGCCAGGUGUUUCGAAACUCCGAGAUUACUUCGAACUAGAGAAGAAGAUUCCGGUCAGGGACAAAUCGUUUUACAUGCAAAUGUUCCCAACGGCAGGUUCUGUUGGUGUUGAUCUUCUUAUGGCCAUGUUGAAGCUGGAUCCACGGAAAAGAGUGACGGCCAGGGGAGCUUUAGAACAUGAAUGGUGGCAAGUAGAUCCACGACCUACCGACAAAGAGAGCUUGCCCAAGCAAGGCGGUGGCGCGACUAAGAUGGGUGCGGCUGAGGCCGCCGCGCCUGGAGUCGUGGUAGAUGAGAACAGAUUCAAAGGUGUGGCCAAAAAACUUGACUUUGGUGGAGCACGAAAGUGAGAGGAAGAUCAUCGAGACAUUGCGCAGAGCCGCUGCGAGGUCGCCAAGGGCGUAUCUACCCCAAAAUUCGGUCACCGCCUUUGAGCAUCGUGCCAGCCCAAAGUGACAAGCUUCUGAUAUCCUCACUGGACAUGGGAUGUGGCAUACGGCUUGGCUGUCUGGUUGUUUUUGCCCUCAAACAAACCUCACUUUCAAUUCAACCUUGCGGAAGGAAACA